AUGCACGGACAGUACUACUGUCUACUGCUGCUACAAAACUGGCACCAAACGCGUGAACGAGGGCCAGGAGAGUGGAGAAUGGCGGCUGACCUCCGGCAGACGCCGGCGUGGUUCCUCUGGUUGGCCGUCCUCGGCGCCCUCCACGUUGUGGCGUUCUCGUCCCACCUCCUCGUCCACCUCGCGCACUGCCUGCGCCGACCCAAGGACCUCCGCCGGUCCUAUGGCGCGUGGGCAGUGGUCACCGGCCCGACGUCCGGCAUCGGGCGGUCCGUCGCCCUGGAACUCGCCUCAACCUCGUCCUCGUCGGCCUCGACGCCGCGGAUCUGCAGGAGGUCUCCGACACGAUCAAGUCCCGUCACCCCGUGGAGACCAGGGCCGUGGUGUUCGACCUCUCCCUCGUCUCCACUCCCCAAGGUACGUGUCUACGUGGUUCACUCAAGGUCAGCAUAUCGGAGCGCAUGGCAACACGUGAUUAUCUUCGCCGGUCGGCGGCGUGCAGGCGACGAGGCGCUGCGGCGGCUCCGGGACGUCGUGGAGGGGCUGGACGUGGGGCUCCUCGUCAACAACGCCGGGGUGAUGAGCCCUCGCGCGGCGUUCCUGCACGAGGCGGACGCGGAGGCACUGAUACGCAUGAUCCGCGUGAACCUGUGGGCGACGACGGAGGUGACGGCGGCGGCGAUCCCCGGCAUGGCGACGAGGGGCAGGGGCGCCGUGGUCAGCAUGGGGUCGGCGACGUCGGAGGCCGUCGCCUCCUUCCCGCUCCACGCCGUCUACUCCGGCACCAAGCUGUACGUCGCGUGGCUCUCCAGGGGCCUCGCCGCCGAGUACGGGGGCGGAGGGGUCGACGUGCAGUGCCAGGCGCCCAUGUUCGUGGCGACGGCGAUGGUCGCGGGCUUCUCGGCGGUCUGGCGCCCCGCGCCGCUGGUGCCCACCGCCGGCGCCUACGCGCGCGCGGCCGUGCGCUGGGUCGGGCGCGGCGGCCCGCUCUGCGUGCCCAGCCUCCGGCACCGGCUGCUGUGGCGCCUCCUCGCCGCCGUGCCCGGCUGCGUGCAGGACUGGGCCUGCCUGCGCGAGGGCCUGCGGCAGAGGAAGACGUCCCGGAGCCGGGGAUCGUCGACGGCGUCGGCGUGCCAUGCCAGCAACCGAGUAGGAAACUGUCUCACGAGUGAGUGA